CACCAUGCGCACGCUCAAUGUCACUGUGGGUUUACCAGCGGAAUCACCAACAGGCUUAUUGUUAUUGGUUACUUAUUGUUAGCCACUUCUACUAAUUAGACCACUGUGCUCUGUUUAUAUUGUGCGGCGCAAUAACGUGCAAUUUAGAUAUACAAAAUAAGUUAAUUAACAUUUUAAAAAUGGAAACUAUAACAAGUGUUAUUUUUUUCGUUGUGCUAAUUUGUGUUGGCAAAGGAAGUGCUCAGCGUUCGUUUGUCACAACAGAUGAAUUGGAGAACCAUAUUAGCCCAGAGGACCUGCAGGAGUUUUUCAACAUGUACAAUGAUACUACUACGACUCAGAGGAAUGAGGACUACGCUGAUUAUCAGCAAACUACAACGCUUCGGACGACACCAGAAAUAGUGGAUUGUUUCGGUCUGGGGUCAUUGGCACCGCAGAUCAUGUGGAUGUUAAACAUGAAGCCGGAUUCUCCUGAAAAAGUUAACACUCAUUUCUACUUUUCGUCGAGACUUCAACCAAAUAGAGUUCAGGUGUAUCCUGGUGACCAAUUUGGUCUCGAGUGGGUGGAUUUCAAACCGGAAAGGAAGACCAUUAUGAUUGUUCACGGGUUCAUGAGCCACAGCAAUGCGUCGUGGGUGACAGAUAUGACCAGAGCAUUUUUAUCAUGGGGAGACGUCAACGUCAUCGUUGUGGAUUGGAGUGGAGGUGGAAAUACUUGGAAAUACUGGCGAGCGGUUGCUAAUACUAGGAGGGUUGGCUCAGAUGUGACGGGAUUUUUUAAACAAUUGAUAGCAGCAACGGGCGCACGUACCAAAGACUUCCAUUUUGUCGGACACAGCUUAGGAGCACAUAUUUGCUCUUACGUUUCCUACCAUUUGGGCGGCGUUGCAAGAAUUACUGGUCUAGAUCCAGCCCAACCCUGUUUCCGUACAUCGGACCGUACCGAGCGCUUGGACGAAUCGGACGCAGAUUUCGUUGACGUCAUCCACACCAAUGGACGGCUUUUGAAGAAAAUUGGUUUUGGACUGCCCGAUCCUACUGGUCACGCAGAUUUUUAUCCUAACGGUGGUAUGAAACAACCUGGUUGCCAUAAUAACACUAAGUCCUUGUGGUAUCGGUUCCUGCCAUUUUCCCCUAAGAAAUUACAACAAGCGAUUUGCAGUCACGGUCGCGCGUACCUGCUUUUCACUGAGUCACUCAUUAACAAUAAUUGCUCUUUUAGAGCUCAUAGCUGGAACUUGACUUAUGAAGGUGUAAAUACAAGUUUGACGGCAGCAUGCGACAAAAUAUCAUCAUGUGUUGAUAUGGGCAUCAAUGCAAUCGGGGGCAAUUGCAGGCCAAGGGCCAAGGGUGCUUACUUCGUGCUUACUACGGAAAAGCAACCUUAUUGUCCAACCGAAUGGGAGCGGCAUCAUCCACGAGCGGACUUGCUCCGUGACCUGCGUGAAGGGUUCAAGUUAGACCGGUCAAACUCUACAACGAAAUACCCACAAAAUAUUACACCAGAUUAUGCUGACCCCAUGGAGCAGGCAUCAAAAACCAUAACUGACACGCGUAGCAGCACUACCAAAGGAUGGUGGAGUAGAAUUAUCGGAUGAAAGUCCGUUGGUUUUCACCGUUUUUAAGCCGGGGUAGGGUCGUCAUGUCGUCGACUACUACAAACAAGAUGUCCCGUGAGUAGUGAAUCAAACCUGUUUUUUGCUGGGAUAUUGCCGUUAAUUUUUAAAUUUUACUUA